AUGUCUACUUACAACGGUACAACUGUAACAGUACAAUCGAACAAAGUUGUCGCAAAACAGCGUUCACUCACACAACAGCGAAUCGUACAAAAUUUUCUUAUAGUUUGGCUCGAUUCAGAUAUCGAUGAAUUCAACAAUGACUUUCGUAAUGCAGUCACUCAGCUACGUCGUAUUGUCAAUACUGUCAAUUUAUUCAAUGAUGCUGAUCAGUGCAUAGACUAUGUCACAGAGAUACCAAACGAGAAAAUAUUUAUGAUUGUUUCAGGUGCUCUCGGACAAUUAAUAGUGCCCUGCAUCCAUGAUUUCGCUCAACUCAAUUCAAUCUAUAUUUUCUGUGUCAACGAAUUCCAACAUGAACAAUGGGCAAAAGAGUGGCCAAAAGUAAAAGGUGUUUUCACACAAAUCGAUUCGAUUUGUGAAUCACUCAAAGAACCUGUAAGGCAAUGUGAUCAGCAUUCAAUUGCCUUGAGUUUUGUUUCGCCACGUGACGUAACAAAUAAAAGUUUGGAUCAACUCGAUCAUUCGUUCAUGUAUACACAACUAUUUAAAGAAAUUUUUCUUGAAAUCGAAUUUGACGAACAAGCAACCAAAGACUUCGCGACUUAUUGUCGUGAUCAAUACGUCGACAACGAUGGUGAAAUAAAGAAGAUUGAUCAAUUCGAACGAGAAUACCACAAUCAAACACCUAUCUGGUGGUAUACGUGUCAUAGCUUCUUAUAUUCUAUGCUCAAUCGAGCUCUCCGCACAUUUGAAAUAGAUACUAUAAUGAAAAUGGGCUUUUUCAUUAGAGAUCUUCACCGACACAUCGAAACACUUCAUUUGAAGCAAGCGAGGGCUUCCAAAGAGCAAAAAAUGACAGUUUACAGAGGCCAAGGGAUCUCGAAAGUGGACUUCAAAAAAUUGAUGGAAACGAAAGAUGGACUUCUUUCCUUUAACAAUUUCUUGUCAACGAGCCUGGAUCAACAAGUCUCAUUUGCCUUUGCUGAGAGCACUCUAAGUGAUCCUGAAUUGACAGGAAUUCUCUUUGAAAUAUCAAUUGAUCACUCGGUGACAUCGUCUCCUUCUGCGCUUGUGGACGAAGUCAGCUACUUCAAGGACGCAGAAAGCGAAAUUCUCUUCUCAAUGCAUACUGUUUUUCGUAUUGCCGAUAUCAAACAAAUCAACAGCGACAAACGACUUUGGCAAGUGAAUCUCACUCUAACAGCGGACGACGACCAACUGCUUGGUACUCUUACCAAAGUAAUGCGAGAGGAGACACAAGGAUCUGAAGGAUGGAAUCGAUUGGGUAUAUUGCUGUAUAGAGUAGGACAAUUCCACAAGGCCGAAGAAGUGUACAUGGUAUCGCUUGGUCUAGUGCACAAAAACGAGAUCGAAAAGGCAGAUGCAUACGCUAAUAUUGCAGCGAUGAACGACCGAAAAGGGAACUAUAAAGAGGCAAUUUCGUUCUACGAAAAAGCACUUGAAAUCUACGAUAAAGGAUUACCUUCCAAUCAUCACCAUCUAGCCGCUAUUUACGCCAAUAUCGCAGUUUUGUAUGAACACAUGGGUGAGUUUUCACAAGCACUUUCGUUCCACAAAAAAGCAACUGAAAUCCUGGAAAAAGAACUCCCUAAAAAUCCAUCCUCUUUGGCUUCUCCAUACAACAACGCCGGUUUGAUGUAUGCAAGCAUGGGAGAAUAUUCGAAAGCACUUUCCUUUUACGAAAAAGCACUAGAAAUUCGUCAAAAAACAUCACCUUCAAAUCAUCCCGACUUAGCUACAUCUUUCGACAAUACCGCUUGUUUGUAUGCAAAAAUGAACGAGUACCCCAAGGCACUAUUAUUUUACCAAAAAGCUCUUGCGAUUAGCGAAAGCAUACUCCCUCCGAAUCAUCCCAAUUUAGCUACUUGCUACAACAACAUUGGCGGGCUGUAUCGCAUCAUGGGGGAGGACUCGAAAGCACUUUCGUUCUUGAAAAAAGCACUUGAAAUCGACGAAAAAACAGUCCCCCCAAACUAUGUCCUUUUGGCUAGUACCUACAAUAACAUAGGUAAUGUGUAUUACAACAUGCACGAAUACUCAACAGCAAAGUCAUUUUUCGAAAAAGCACUAGAAAUUCGUCAAAAAACACUCCCAGCUGAUCAUCCGGAUUUGGCUAAUUCCUACAACAGCGUUGCCAUGGUGUAUGGCAAUAUGAGCGAAUACUCAAAAGCGCUUUCGUCUCUACAAAAGUCACUUGAGAUCCUCCAAAAACGUAUUCCCCCGCCCCGUCUUGAAUUGGCUACUGCCUACAAUAACCUGGGUAUGGUGUAUUACAACAUGGGCGAAUACUCAACAGCAAAUUCGUUUUUCGAAAAAGCACUUGAUAUCUUCAAAGAAACUCCUCCUCCGAACCAUGGAACGUUGGCUAUUGCCCACAAGAAUAUUGGGAACUCGUAUUACCAGAUGAGCCAGUAUUCGAAAGGACUCUCGUCUUUCGAAAAAGCACUUGAAAUCGAGCAGAAAAUUCUCCCUCCCAAUCAUCCCGAUUUGCUUUUGUCCUACAACAACAUUGGGAGGUUGUAUCAGAAGACUGGCGAGUACUCAAAAGCACUUUCAUUUUAUCAAAAAACCCUUGAAAUCCAACAAAAAACUCUUCCUCCAGAUCAUCUCGCUUUGGCUACUUCCUACCACAGUAUCGGUUCAGCAUAUACGCGCAUAAAACAAUACUCAAGGGCACUAUCAUUUUCCGAAAAGGCACUUGAAAUUCGUCAAAAAGAACUCCCUCCGGAUCAUCCGAAUUUGGCCGAUUCAUACACAAAUAUCGGCGUGGUUUAUGCCAAAACAGGAAUCCACUCAAAAGCACUUUCGUUUUACCACAAAGCACGUGAAAUUCGUGAAAAAGCUCUUCCUCCAAAUUCUCACGAUUUAGCUAGUUUAUAUAGCAACAUCGGUAUGGUGUAUAGUAAUGUGGGAGAAUACUCAAAAGCAAUCUCGUUUCAUGAAAAAGCACUUCAAAUUCGACAAGAAACACUUUCACCGAACGAUCGGGAUUUAGCGGCUACUUACCACAAUAUCGGUGAGGUUUAUGCCUUGGCAGGGAUCCACUCAAAAGCACUUUCAUUUUACGAACAAACACUGAGAAUUGAUGAAGAAACACUCCCUCCAAAUCAUCAAGAUUUAGCUAGUUCAUAUAGCAACAUCGGUAUGGUGUACAGUAAUAUGGAAAAAUACUCAAAAGCAAUCUUGUUUCAUGAAAAAGCACUUCAAAUUCGACAAGAAACACUCUCGCCGAACGAUCCGGAGUUAGCGGUUACUUAUUACUGUAUCGGCGAGGUUUAUUGCGCCAGGGAAGAAUACUCGAAAGCACUUUCAUUUUACGAACAAGCACUGAGAAUUUUUGAAGAAACACUCCCUCCAAAUCAUCCUGCUCUUGAACGUAUUCAACAAAAGAUCGAAUUUUUUAAAGAAUGUAAAUAG